AAGACAAUUCGCCUAAUUUAGGCGAUUAUAUGUACAAACGAAGGAAUACAAUAGUUAGUUCUGAGGAAGAGACAGAGAAUUGCACUGGAAAACGUCUUAUCAACUUAUACAGUAGGAAUUACAACUCUAACCUGGACCUGGUCGAGUCUGGGAAAUACCGGGAUUCCACCUCCGAAGGAGAUGCACCUAUCUAUCCGUUAAACCCGCCAAUAGAUUCCGAGGAUCCUGAACCAGAAGACGACCUUGCAGAGGGAUACAAAAAAUCACUUUCAGAAUGUCAAAACAACGCAUUGCUUUAUGUUAUAGGAGGAUAUAUUGUCGGACUACUAUUGGUACUAAUGUGGUACUAUAGGAAUCCCAAAGAGGCCUGCAAGGACCUUAAUGGAAGAUGGAUUUUCAUCGUCUUGGUUACCUUACUAAUUAUUAUAUUGGUUCGGCGACGUCCAGCAAGGUGCAUUGCAGUGUUAUGCCUUUCAAGCUUAUCAAGCAGUCAAUUUCGGACAUUGGUUAUUGCAUUAGCUUUCUUGGUGGCUUUUUCGGGACCUAUAAAAAAUAUAAUCCACAACAUUUGCAUUUUGGCGAAUACUCUCGCCUGUGGGCAAAAUGUGCUAAUACAGGCUCUAAAGCUUAUGCAACGCAUUAUAAAUGAUCCCUCCCAUUCAGUGGAGGAGGCAUUCAAGACAACGUUGGCCCAAGUAUGCAGACUCAUGAAUAAAUUGGAUAAACUUUUGCUGAAUCUGGAGAGGCCCAUUGCACAAAUACAUGCCACCUAUAAGACCUGCACAGAAUGGUUACUCUUGCAGAAGGAUCACUAUGAGUACAAGAUGGGUACUCCCUACAGCCGCUGCAUGAAGGCGGGUAACUUGAGUAUUGCACAAUGCAAGAGAGAGUUUGGAGUAAAAAAGAAAGAGUGCUGUAACCUAGAACUCUUUUAUUGGUUCUGUGAAAGUCUCAAGACAUUUAAAAGUUUCUUCGAUGAUAAUCUACAAUGGUCUCUGAUGGUCAUCAAGGAAAUAUUUCAACGCUUGCAGUUAUGCUCCAUGAAAAUCAGAUAUAAUUUUAUAAGCACCAUUAGUUUUGAUCAUAGCUUGAAAUUUAAUUCAACAGGUCAAUUUACCCCUAACAAAGAUCACAUAAACGAACAAGAUGUAAACGAGAAACUAGAGGCACAGAGACAAAAGUUAUAUUUCGUGUUAUUUUUGAUCGAUUUGAUUAUCUUCAUACUCUUGCUCGCUAUAAUACAUCAAUCACUGAGCUUUUGGCUGCGCUACUUAAGCAAUGAACAAUAUGAAAAUGUCUAUAUAACAGAGGCUUUUGAGAACUAUGACGACAAGUACUAUCAUACAAUGGGUGUAAGAGCCUUGCCCUUAAGCAAUUUCGAAGAGAACAAAUAUGUGAAGAUAAACUCAAUGCGACUGCUGCCCAAGGAAUAUGAUACUAUUUAUCGUUCAUUGACUUUCUUGUGGAUCACAGGAAUACAGCUUUUCUGCAUCUGUUUUGUGGACUACAGUCUUUAUAGUAUGCUAACUUUGAUGUUCUAUCAUGGACAUAUGAUUGAAGAUGUUAAACCUCUUGCCUAUAAAAAGAUUGUCAUUAUCGGCGGAGGUAAAACUGGCGACAUUCUACGAGAUCUGGUUCGGGCAUUUGAGCCGAGAACUUUUAAAAUAAAUAAUCAACGGUGUCUACCGGUUCCAGGUCAUCCAAAAUACCUCCGAUAUGUGUGGAUCUUUUUGCUAUAUUUGCUGGCCUGGUUCAUGGUUUUUUGGGAGCCAUAUGGCCUCCGCCAAAGACACCGUACUAUGAUGUACUUUUAUCCAGAGGAAUCAAGGCGCAGGGUUUAUGACUUGCACCGAAUCAUAUUACAUGAAAGAAAACAUUUAUUUAAAGCAAAAUGUCGGGAAGCACGUUUCUUAAACGCCUUUAAGAAUAUCCAUCAAUUUGAAUCGUAUGUUACGUGGAUUCAUCCUCGUCUAAACUGGUGUCUUAGUUGUUGUACGGUAUCUUUUAUUAGAAGAUGCUGCACCAUUUGCAAUAAACCACUGAACAAAUCUGAUAAUGUUCCCUGUGGCUGGCCAAACUGCAGAGGUAUCUACUGUACAACGUGCUCUCAAGACAGCCACAAUAAAUGUGUAUUAUGCAGUUCCGAAUACGAAGAUGAACUUUUGGAACAUGGGAACUUUUCUGGAAAUGACUCUGAAAUCUGCAGCGUUGAUAACAGUUAUCCCCAGCAGCGUUAUAAGAAAAUAUAGGAAAAUAUCCCGAAAUCUGUUACUAAAAAUAAAUACAUAUUUAGCUAGGAUUUCUUAUAAAACUACAAGUAUAGUUGGCUGCCACGACUUCAAGUCCCAUAUUGUCUAGUGGUUAGGAUAUCCGGCUCUCACCCGGAAGGCCCGGGUUCAAUUCCCGGUAUGGGAAACUACA